AUGCCUCUAUUUUCCGCUUGGAGGCCCGAGAGCGUGAUAAAAACCAUUUGCUCGUCGCCCAUCAAUGUCCACAAAAACGACUUAGGACUGACUCUGGACCUUUCAUAUAUUACGCAGCAGCUUAUUGUGUGCUCCUAUCCAGUAAUCAGUUACCCAAAAUUACUCUACAGGAAUAGUCUCAAGGAUUUAGUGUCGUAUCUGACCUUAUACCACGGGCCGGGAAAUUGGAAGAUUUAUAAUUUCAAGGUGGAGCGCGGAAGUUCUGACUACAGCAAUGAAAAUCUGGCAACGGUCGUAAGUGAACAUAGUUCCUCUGCGAGCAGUCCGGGCUUGUUCUCCCACAAUUCUUUCUCCCAGGCCUCUUGGUCUAGCAACUCUCCAAGAGAAGUAUCGACUUUCUCAUUUUCCACCCUUUCGCCAGAUUCCAGCGUUUGCAUAGAAAGAUGUGGAUGGCUUGAUCAUUCGCCGCCACCUUUCUUACUUCUACAGCAGAUUGUGGAUGACUUACAUGCGUAUUUAUCAGAAGAUCCAAAUCGAGUAGCUCUUUUGCAUUGCAAGAUGGGGAAAGGACGAUCCGGGUCUGUCGUCGUCGCCUACCUCAUGAAGUUUAUGAGCUGUUCGCUACGCGAGAGCCGUGAUAUUUUCAUGAGCAACCGAUUUAGGGCUGGAAUCACCCGCGGCGUCACUAUAAAGUCUCAGCUCCGAUACCUCAAUUAUCACGAGUUAUUUUUACACUGGGGUCAAUCCAUUGACAGAUCCAGCAUUCUCACCGAAAUUGCUAGAUCUCGUUUCAAAGUCACUAAAAUCGACAUCUCGAAUCCGCUCCCGCACUUGGGGUUAGAUCUCAAAAAUUGCAGCAUUGUCGUGAGGGUGCAUAUUUACAAUAGGUCGCGCAAUGGGCUGUUUGAGCUUCUCGAAGCUGAUUGUGACGAUUUAUUUUACGACGAACGAACGAAUCGACGCAAGACGUCCGUUUCUGCAGAUACUGGUGUUUUCGAAAGUGAUGUGCGAUUUUCCUUCGGGCUGCGUUUCAAAAACAACGAGAUUGUUGACAACAUAACCCAAAUGACGUCAAUUUCUCAUUGUUGGCUCAAUUUGUACUGGGAGACUCUUAUUUGCAGCAGGAACGAGUCGUUGACGAGCUACACUUUGAAGGAUCUUCGGAGCGAGCAAAAUUGCAGUCGAGAUGGCAAAAGCUUUGCACUUUUCACUAUCAAGUGGGACGAUUUGGAUGGCGUGAAGGGCACUCCAAACAAAGGCGUCAAGCUUUUUGAAUCCGUGACGUUACGGUGGCAACUUUUAUAA